CAUUUUCGGUACUGUAGCCUCGGACCUUAAUCCCAAGGAUGGCAACAGUCGAAGGGGUUUGCCACAAACACCAGCUGGCGGAGUCGGUGGAAAAGGAAGCGGAAGUGCUGGCGCCGGUUCUGGUAUGGUCAAUGGUUCUGGUGCCGAUCAUCAGGAUAUUCGUGACGGUGCUGCUAUAAACCCAGAACACGCUCUGGUGUAUCGAGACGGGAACCUGGUCUCGGGUUCGUUGGAAGCCCUGGUGCAACACAUGGUACCAACCGAGGAAUAUUAUCCCGAUCGGGCAUACCUGUUCGCCUUUUUGCUGAGUGCCAGACUCUUCAUCAAGCCUCACGAGCUUCUGGGUGAAGUCUGCGCCCUCUGCGAGCAUCAGCAAAACCUGAAUGGAGAGGGUGGCAAGGAACGUCUACAGCGUUUCGUACCGCGACUGGUACAGUUGCUAGCCGAAUGGACAGAAACAUUCCCGUACGACUUCCGGGACGAGAGGGUGAUGGGUCACGUCAGGUCCAUCACGCAGAAGGUCGCUGCGGUCGACGCUGCGGCCAGGCUGGAAGUUUCGGCACUGCUGCAAAACUUGCUGCUUAGACUGACGGCUCUGGAGAGGUAUGAGGAGGGCCUUGCCAGACUUGCUACCGAGGCUGCGACAGACCAGCUUACACAGGUGGACAUCACCGAGCUGUGUCCCUCGGCCACGGUACUGGCGCAGCAAUUGACCCACGUGGAACUCGAGAGGCUCUCUUACAUCGGCCCUGAAGAAUUCGUCCAAGCAUUCGCCAAGGAAUCUCCGCACCUAGAAACAUCUUUUAAGGACAUGAAGAAAACGCGUAAUCUAGAAUCGUACGUCCAAUGGUUUAAUAGACUGAGCUAUUUCGUAGCAACUGAAGUAUGCAAGCAUGCAAAAAAGAAACAACGCGUUCGGGUGGUUGAAUACUGGAUUGAAACAGCUCGAGAAUGCUUCAACAUCGGUAAUUUUAACUCUCUAAUGGCUAUCAUCGCUGGUCUGAACAUGUCCCCCAUAUCUCGUCUAAAGAAAACGUGGUCGAAAGUGCAGCUGGCGAAGUUCUCGAUUCUGGAGCAUCAGAUGGAUCCAAGUAGCAAUUUUAGCAGCUAUCGUAGCACCUUAAAAGCAGCAAUGUGGCGUAGCGCCGGCGCUACGGACGAACGGCAAAGAAUCGUCGUGCCCUUUUUCAGCUUGCUGGUCAAGGAUCUCUACUUUCUGAACGAAGGAUGCAGCAACAAAUUACCAAAUGGUCACAUCAAUUUUGAGAAAUUCUGGCAAUUAGCAAAGCAAGUGACGGAAUUCAUCGCCUGGAAACAAGUUGCAUGUCCCUUUGAGAAGAACCCACGCGUCAUUGCUUUUCUUCAGGCGAGCCCGGUGCUGACUGAAAAUGCUCUAGCUUUGGCAUCCUUCGAGUGCGAACCACCUGACAACAAUCCGGAGAAAGAACGUUAUAAAGCAUUAAAGUCAGAACUGAAUGCCCAGUGAAAACAAGCUACCGUGAAUCGCGUCGAAUGGGAGCGAUACUGAAACGAACGCACUCACUUAAACAUUAGCAACACACGGUCACGUAAAAAUUUCUAAUCAAACAGGGCAUAGUUUCACGAGAAGAUUCAACAAGUGAAACAGAAGGCAAAAGCAUUCGAAUGGUCAUACAGGCACCCGCACGACGAGAAACUGUAAAAACGAAUGGAAGAAGAGCCUCGAGAUAUAGUAAUUUGCUCGCAAUCGAUAAAAAAAAGAAAAAGAAGGAAGGAAGAAUUCAUUUUAGUGAUCUCGCGUCGUUUAAGAACAUCGUUCAGAUACUAGACCGGUGCAUUCGUCUCCUUCAAAAUCAGCCUCGUUUCUCUAUUGCUACCUAACAUUUACUAUUCCUUAAAAAUUAUUCUAAAAACUUUUUAGAAUUAUUUAUUAUUUGUGUAGCAUCAUGCUCAAUUAGUGUUGAACUUUUAACCCUUUGAUACUUGACUAUUUUCAGAGAUUGAAUAUUCUAAAAUAUCUGGUCAUGUAUAAAAAUGACCAGAAUGUGUAUAAUUUUUUGAAAGUCUUCAAUUUUAACCCUUGGAGUACGAAUUGAGAUACUGUUGAAUACAUGUGGUGAAAAAUAAUUUUUCUUAGAUACAAAGAUAAUUCUUCAAUCAUUCUUCUCUGUGAAGUGUAAGUUACAUUUGUAUGUGAUGAUAAAUCGAAGUGAAUGUUACUGUAUAUCCACCAUUAGGCCAUACACUUCUGAAUGAAUAAAGGUACUCUAAAACUCCAAGGGUCACUAACUCUUUGCGAAUGAAAAACCUAACCUUGACACAGUGUAUGUACGGAAUAUUACUUAUUUAAAGUAAGUAACAAUCCUCAUACUGAACAUACACUCUAAAAUGAUGUCUAUGCUUAUCUACAUAUAGUUGUUCAUUAUAUGUAACGAACAUAGAACAUUCGUCGAAAAUGUGCACGAAUUCAUAAAUUACUAUGAUAAUUCUGUUUGGACGAAUAUAUGAGUCCAUCAUCCACAAAGAGUUAGGUUAGGUUUAUUGAAAUUCUCAAAACAAAAUUUAUUUAGUAUUUUGUCUGCCAUGUGAUUCA